AUGGCCCGUCCGAACGAGCCCCCGACGACAACCAACAUUCCUCCCUUUGCUAAGCCUCUCGCUCCUUACAUCAAAACCCGCCAGGAAACCCUGCGUAUCCGACAAAUUCUGACAGCCUACCUCCAAUCCCUAAUCACCUACGAUGACAACGAUCCCGAGCACCAGACUCGCCUCGCCCAAUCGCACUUUUCACUCUGCGUGCCCGAUAAUGCGGUAAAGGGGGUGAAGCGCAUUCCCACGGAGGUUACGGGGCUCAGGAGGGAAUAUCUACAAGCUUUACAAGCGAAUGUCGCUUCAAGGAAACAGCACCAGCUUGUUUCCGAGAAAUUGGCGGCUGCUGCGCGGGUUGAGCCGGGGGCUACCCCUUCACACGAUAGCUCGCUGGAGUUGUCGUCGUAUUUGAAGCUUGUUCAGGACCGGCGUCGGCAUGCGAAGCUGCAGGUUUUCGGGCAUUAUCUGCAGGAAUUGCGGGGGCGAGAUACCGCUACUGUGGAGGAUUUCGAGAAACGGGAUCGGAACCAGCUCGCCCUCCACGAGAAUCUUGUGCAGGAAGACCACAACGGCAGUGGCGCGAGAGAUACUGAUAUCGAAAGGCUAGUUCAAAAGCUGGAACGGGCGGUUAUUUGUGCGAAAUCACAGCUUGACAGGGAAAAGAAGCUAUACGAAGACCUGAAGGCGCGGAACGAAUCGAUUGGUUUCAGCAAGGAUGCCGCUGACCCCUCAGCCAAAGUUGCCGCGCUUCAGCGGACGCGUGAUGAACUGGUACACUGGGUAGAAGCGAAGUUGGUAGGCAGUGGAAACAACGGAGAAGCCCCCGUGGCGGAGCUGCCCGCCGAAGAAAUCGAAGAGUCCGCUCGGAUCCUCGAGGAACAGCGGGUCCGGAUUCGGGAACAGUAUGCGGCAUACACGGAUACCCGCAAGCGCUUGCUCGAGGCCGCAGCUCGAGCUUGCCAGCCUGUCUUAACGGCGUCCACGAAACCUCCAUCCCAGCCUCCAGACCUCCGAGGCAUGUCCGUCGAAGAAUCCCUCCCAAUAGAACCGCUUGAGGUCUUGUCAUUUGCAAGCAGUAUUCUCCACCCGCUAUCCAAGAACCAACGGUCUCUGGCGCUGCAGAAGUUCUACCUAUCUGGCCUACUCGCUAAGGAAAAGGCCACGACGCUUCGCAUCCUCAACCGUCUGAGCGACGAGAGCCAUCUCCUCCCCGAGUACCCGAUCCUCGCUCGCCAGCCUCGAUUUAACCAUGCCACUGCAGCACUUGGUUCCCGGCAAGCCGCAAGCCAACCAGAUCCGGCCAAACAGGACGAAAUCAUCAAUAUGGCCGAGGCAUGGGCGUUUGCAUCCGCAGCGGCUGGGUCAAAUGUGAAAGAAUACGUGGAGCAAAAGGUGGGCGAUGGGAGCGAGCGGGCUCAAGUCGCACAGCAGGAGCUGCAGAGAGUGUAUGAUUUGCUGAAUCAAAGCCUCGAGGAGGCCCUUGAGGAUGACCAGGCGGGCCAGGCGAGCAGUGAUAUCUGGGCUUCGGAAGCUCAGUCUACGAGGUCUGGCACAAGGCUGGCGCGGUCGAAUCAGCGCUCAAAGGGGCCUUGGUCUCGAUUAAAUGGUAAAGUUUGUGUGGAUGACUAG